AUGUUGGGCAGCGUCCUCCUCCCGUCGUCGCUGCAGACGCACUCGACCAAGGCGUCGUCGGGCACGCGACGCAGCACCAUAAGUGGCAGCGUCGGCGUCCCUGGCCAGGCUCGCCGCCGCAACUCGCUCGCUACCACGCCCGCCGCCCAGACGGCCCCGUUCCUCGUGAAGAGCGUGGCGCUGUCCGCCGGCAUGGACUCGCGCUACCACCGCUCCUCGUCGCCCCGCCGCGCCUACAAUCCGGCUCGCUCGUCGACGGGCACGUUUGCCGACCCCUACGCCUCGUCCUAUAGCGACUACUCGGCCCACCGCCCCAGCUCGCCGCGCUCCAGCGGCGACCGGCUCUCCUCGGCGGCCUCGCACCACCACUCGACCUCGUCGUACGGCAGCUAUGCGCCCAGCGGCUCCUCCAGCGGCCGCACCGGCGCCCUCAAGUACGACUCGGGCUACGGAGGCUCGACCCGCCCGCGACGCAACACGGGCGACCUGGGGCGGACCAACGUCGCCUCGCUGACGUCGCUGCCCCUGCGCACGCCCUACACGACCGCCGAGCUGCGGCCCUCGAGCCCGCUCGCCCCGCCGCGGUCCUCGCACGGCCACGGCGAGACGUACCUCUCGCACGGCUCGUCGCGCCAGGACGCCACCUCGACCCACAAGAAGAUCUACAGCGUCGACAGCACCCACACGGCCAAGCUGGUCGCCGAGACGGACACGCUCGAGUCGCCGCGCCACCGCGACAGCGGCUACGGCGCCGUCACCAGCGGCCGCAGCAGCUACCACGCGGCCGCCACCAAGCCGUCGGCGCGCCACGCCCACGCCGACCUGGGCGACAACGGCUACUCGUACACGGACCCCGCCAGCAUGUACCGCGACACGGAGCCCGCCUGGCGCCGCCCCCGCGCUGGCAGCAUCGACCGCGGCGCCCGCCCCAGCAGCGUCAUCGUCGACCGUCCCCUGCGCAGCUCCACCCGCGACCUGGGCCCGCCGCCCUCGACCCGCGGCUUCGACAAGAUCAACAGCGGCUUCGACAGGACCAGCAGCGGCUACGACAAGACCAACAGCGGCUACGACAAGACCAACAGCGGCUUCGACAAGAUCAACAGCGGCUUCGACAAGACCAACAGCGGCUUCGACAGGACCAACAGCGGCUUCGACAAGACCAACAGCGGCUACCCCCGGCCCGCCCGCUCCCACUCGACCGAACGCCGCGACCGGUACCAGGACCCGUACGCCUCGGACUCGGCGCCGCACCGCUCGUCGUCGACUCGACACGCACCCGCCGUCCACCAGGAGCCCCAGCGCGAGGCUCGCCGCGCAGAGACGUUUGACGACUACGUCCGGGGCAGGGACGCCGAGCCCACGCGCCACGCCACCUACGACCGCAGCUUCGAGGACCGCGACAUUGCCUCCCGCGGCUUUGGCAUCGUCCCGGCCGGCCCGGCGCCAGUCCAGGACCCCUACGCACUCGACCGACAGCCCGUCCACCCGCCGUACGAGCCUCAGCGGGCACCGCCUGUCGAGCACGCGCCUCCUGCGUACCACCCGGACCGCGGUGCUGAGCCUCGCGUGCCAGAGCCCCGCCGCCCAGAGAGGCCGGUGUCGACAUACGACUCGUACGAGCCAGCGCGCUCCGAGCGCCCUCGCACCGAGCACAAGCACGACAGCGGUCGUGAGAGCCGUGCGAUCCCCGUAGCGGCUGGCGCCCUCGCUGGCAUGUCUGCCGCUGCCGGCAUUGCCGCCGUGCACGGCAAGGCCAAGGAGAAGGAGAGGGAGAAGGAGAGGGAAGAGCGCGCGUCAUCCGAGGAGCGUGAGAGGCAGAAGCGCAGGGAGUAUGAUGAGCGAGACAGGCGCGACGAUCGCGAGCGACGAGACGACCGGCGCAGCAGCAGACUGCCCGAAGACCGCCACGAGCCCGAACGCCGCGAGGCACUGCCCGCUCCGCCCCCGCCCUCACAGCAGCCGUUUGCCCAGCCGUACGCUCCACCCGCGUCGUCACAGCAGCCGUACGCUCCACCCGCGUCGUCACAGCAGCCGUACGCCCCACCCGUUGCUGCACCAGUUCUCGCAUACGCAAAGGCCCCGGAGCCCGAACGGCCCAUCUCCCGUGACCGUCCGUACCCGAACGAGGAGAACCCACCGCCCAAGCCGCCCAGGAAGACGUCACCCGAAGGCAGUGAUGUGGAACGCCCCCGUCACUAUGCUGAGCGCGAGGCGGACCGCGGCAGUCGCAAGGAGCCUGCGCCCGUGCCGGCAGCAGUCGAUCCCGACGAGGAGUACCGUCGCCGCAUUGCACAGGCCGAGAAGGAGGCCGAGGCCACACGUCGUGCCGCUGUAGACCGCCAAGACAGCGACUCGGACGGCGCACGAGACCGACGGCGCCGCCGAGACCGAGCAGACCGCGAACGCUCGCGGUCCCGGUCACGCGGCCGCGAGGACCGCCGCGAGCGCUCUCCCGCAUCGCAAGCACCGUCUCGCCCCAACGAGCGCGACCUUGUCGAGGAGCCCGAGUCCAUGGACAAGCUCAACCCCGAUGCCCCCGGAAAGAGCGUCCAGAUUGUCGUACCCCGCAAGGACCAAUCGCCGCCUCUCAAGGGCAUCCUCCGCAAGCCCACGGCAAAGUUCCCCGAGGACCCCGAGCCCAUCCGCGAGGGCGUCGCGCCGCACAAGGACUCCCAGAAGGGCCGCAACAUCCCCCCCGAUGCCCGGUGGACCCGCAUCGACCGCAAGCUCGUCAAUCCCGAGGCGCUUGAGCGUGCCAAGGAGCGCUUUGAGGAGCGCAUGGACUGCGUCAUCGUGCUGCGCGUCCUGACCAAGGACGAGAUCCAGAAGCUCGCGGACAAGACCAAGCAGAUCCGCGAGGAGCGGGAAGAAGAGUACGAGCGCGAGCGUCGAGACCGCGACCGCAGUCGCCGCCGCAGAGACGGCGAGGACGGCCGCGACCGCGACUACGACCGCGACUACGACCGCGACUACGACCGCGACCACGACCGCGAGCGCCGCCGUCGCCGCCGCGACGACGAGAGCGACUACGACGACGUCCGCGGCGAGCGGGAUCGCCCCAAGAUGCUGGAACCCGCCAGGUGA